UUCGAUCGAUCAACUCUCACAUUGCGCAACAUCAACAAAAUGUGACGUUAGCCAAAUGUGCAUUAUUCGAUUAACCUAACCGCGAAAUGUCAAUUGCUUAUCCUUAUUGUGUUCUAUUAACAUUUGCCGAAACGAUAAGACAGGAUAAUAUGGAGAGCUCUUGAAAAAACAAGGAAUGAAUAUCACUAACGCGACCAUUCACGAUAUUUUAUCAGGUGAGUCAAUCGAAGGAUUUCCGAAGCGAUGACAUUCGUAGUUGGCACGAUGUAUUUUAGGACGUCAGGCGAUCUCCUUGUCCAUAUACACUAUCAGUAGCAUUAUAAUCGCGAUUAUAAUUUGCACUUGCUGCUGCACCCUGUGUGUGAAAUACAAGUAUGCGAAGAUCAUUGGUAAGCUGACAGGAAGACGGAAAAAAGAGUCAGUAUAUAAAAAACUAUUGUUUAUAUAAUGCAAUGCUCAGCACGAUUCCGAGAUUUAAUAAAAUAUAAAAAGCGACUGAUCAGGAGGUAAAAAUACACAGAAAGUAUUUCUCUUCCGACGUCGAGGAAGGACGAAAGAAGUUGUGGAAAAAGAAGAAAAAAUCCGUAUCGCCGGACUUGAUACAGACGGAAGUCACCGCGCCGAUUGUCCCAAAGGAACUGAUGAGGGCAGAGAGAUUGGAGACCCCGUCACCGACUCCCUGUUACAAAUGUUACAGAAAAAAGAAAAAAGGACGAAGAACGAGACACAUACGAUGAGAUCGCGGAGAAGGUUAAUUCAUAAGUAAACGAGGCAACGAAAAUGAGACAUCUUCCCGAAUUGAAAAGAAAUAAAAACACAUGCUAUAACAGAAUGAUCUUUUGUUUUUAUCUGCGCGACUCUUUCUCUUUCUGUAACGUCUCGUUUCAAAAAUGCGGACAAUCGGUAUUUAUGUCGUAAUUAUCGCGAUAAUUUUUGUCUUAAGAAUCCGCGGUACGAUAGACGUGAAUCUGAGCGAAUUGGUAUAUCUCGCAGCUCAAUUGAGCCCGGUCGAAUGUAGGCGAUUAAUCGCCGCGCUUCAUUACACGACUUAUGACUUGCCAAGCAGCUUGGCCGAGGCAGAACGUAAGGUGGACGAGGAAAUCCCGUGUCUGCGUUUACUCCUUCAUUGGAAUAAUUCUCCUGAGGAGGGCCGGGGAAAGACGCACGCGGCGAUUGUACACCGACUUCGACAGCUAAAUCGUAACGAUCUCGCCGAUUGGCUUGGCAAAACCACCUUCAAACAACUGGGAAAGGAUCUGGACAAUGCUAUUACGCUGUCCUUCGACGAACUCGCCGAGGAAGAAAUGGAAACCAGCACGUCGGCAUUCCACAUUGCUAAUUAUACUCAGAGCUGUGCAAAACACGAUCAAAAUAUCCUUUACAAAAUGCAAAAUAGCCAUAAAAUAUAUCUUAUCUGUAAAGUAUAA